CGUGAGGCUGCAUCGACGGACUGGCCGUGGGAAUGAAUUUAGGAAUCACUCCGUCAACUUCAUCGCUCGCCGGAUCUGACAGCCAGCAUCCAUCCCAAAAACGCGGUUCACUAGUAUUGGCAGUAUUGGCAGUGGAUGCAUCUGGGAUUUCUGCUGUGUAGCCGGAGACACAUUUCUCCGCUCGCGAGUUCAUUGUUACUUCGGCGCACCGUCAAGUCACAUUCCCGGACUUCCGAAAACACGAUUCACGACGAAAUCUUGGAAGGGGAGGGUUCCCAGGAAAGAGGGAGUAGCUCUGGUUCCAAUUGGAGCCCUGGAUUCCAUCUCACAAGUCCCCGCCAGCUCGUUCAAUACCUAGACUCAUUUGUCGUUGGUCAAGAAAGAGCCAAAAAGGUCCUGUCUGUAGCCGUGUUCAACCAUUAUAAUCGAGUACGAGCAAGGUUACUGACCCAAAUACACGCCGAAGAAUCCGUCGCACCCGCAUCUUCAUCCUGGGAACCAAGAAACGAGGGAUUGGAUCACAUCGAUGUUCCGCCACCCCCUGGACUCCGCCCACACCCUGCUCGCCGGCCACAGCACCUAUCUGAGAGCCAUUUUGGAAGAGGACACACCCCUUUAUCACACUUUGUGCCACUGUUUGAGAAGAGCAACGUUCUCUUAAUGGGUCCGACAGGUUCAGGGAAGACGCUUCUUGCCCGAACACUGGCCAAGGUCCUCGAUGUUCCAUUCGCCAUGAGCGAUGCAACGACGUUAACUCAGGUUGGGUCAACAUGCCUACUCCAUGUCGGAGUCCACGCGCUCACGAUACACUGUAAUCAUCUCACAGGCCGGAUGUCUUUGCUAGAUGUUGGGGAUGAUGUUGAGAUGGUCAUUCACAGAUUGUUGCAGGCGGCCAACUGGGACGUCCCAAGAGCGAGUAUCGGUAUUGUGGUCCUCGAUGAAGCGGAUAAACUUGCCCGGCGCUCUUCUUCCUCCGGAGAUUCUUCGCGUGAUGUGUCAGGGGAAGGGGUGCAGCAAGGGCUGCUAAGGAUGUUGGAGGGCAGUGUGGUGAGUGUCAAUGCAAGGAGUAUUGAAGGUGCAGGAGGAGGCGAUAUUGUUGGGCCUGGGCCGGGGAGGACAGGAAAAGGAAAGAAUGGAGGGGCCAGCGCUGGCCCGAGGAGCGAGACAUAUCAGGUAGACACAACAGACAUCCUGUUCAUUCUGUCUGGUGCUUUCGUAGGACUAGACAAAAUCGUUGCUCAGCGGAUGGCAAAAGGAUCAAUUGGUUUCGGAGCCUCGCUGUCGAGCGAUGCUUUUGUGAAGGGAGGGAAGCCCAUGGGCCCAUCGUUGAUACCGUUUUUCACGAAGAACUCAGAGUCAGGAGACAUCAACCCAUAUGAACUGGUUGAGCCUGUCGACUUAAUCAAAUAUGGAUUCAUUCCUGAGUUCACUUCUCGAAUCCCUACUAUGACCUCUCUUAGCCCUCUUACAACAUCCGAUCUCAUGCGUGUUCUGACCGACGUCCGUGGGGCCCUGGCCAAACAAUACGAGGCAUUGUUUGGUUAUAGUGGCGUGGAUAUCCGAUUUACGACCCCUGCACUGAGGGAGAUAUGCAAUAUUGCAGUCAAAAGGGGUAUGGGCGCCAGGGGGCUGCGGGGAAUUAUGGAGGGACUCUUACUGGAGUCAAUGUAUGAUGUUCCGGGCUCGUCUGUUCGUUACGUUCUAGUAGACCUAGCAACCGUGAAGGGUGAGCGACCCGCAUCCUACUGGUCGCGUGGGGAAGGAGGGGCUUUCUAUUCCGCACUUGCUUCGGAAGAAGAAUGGGAUGCCAGACAGCGGGGUGCUUCUUUGGAUGCUUCGCAAAACAACGCCGAACCAGACAUUGAUCCAGAGGUUUUGAAAGAUGUGCAAGCCAGAGAGGCUGAGAAGAACUCACGCAAAGUACGAUCAGGGAGCGGGAGCUUUCCAUAAUGAUUUUCGACCUUUUUGUCUGAGCCUCGUUAUUCAUGAGUUCAUAUUUGAACCAACUGGAUAUUUGCAUCCUGUACACUACAGCACGUUAUUACCAAGUC